UUUCGUGUUUUCCUAUCUUCUGCAUUGAGCUCUUUUUUAUUUUGCACUGUGUAGAUUUUUCACUUGGAAAUUUUAUAACUUUCACGAAAAUCACCUGGAAUUUUGUGUGCAAAACAACGAAAAAACGCUUAAAACACUCUAUAUGGUGUAAAGAAUAUGCUAAACCGCUGUAAAUAGUUGAAAGUGUUGCAAAUUUGUGUGGUUAUUGAAAGUAAAAGCUUCAAUUUCGGUGUGUAAAUUGUAAGAAAAAAAAUGUCUUGGGUGCAACAAAAUGCAUCACCGCUACCGCCUACGCUGUUACCGCAUCAACAAUCUCUACAGCAGCCGCCAAAUCAGCAAAUCUCUUAUUCGGAACAACAGCAAAAGCAUCAAAUACAACAACAACAACAACCACCGCAGUCUCAACCAAAUCGGCAUUUAUCAACACAGGCUCCACUAGCACAACCUAAUUUUGCUGGCACCAACAUCACUAAUGCUUAUACGAAUCCGGUACCGCCUCUUGCAUCUAACCUUCCCCCCUCCACUGGCGCAUAUUUGAGUAAACCUAUAAAUGCUAACAAUAACACUACUCAGCCUCAACAGCAAAACCACCAACAAAACUCCAUGAGAGCACAAAUGCAUGCCAACGGUGGCACACACCAACAGCAGCAGCCUGGUCACAUUGACUUGCAGCAGCAACAGCCUACACCAGCUUCUGCCGCCUGGCAGCAACCAUCUUACGUGCAGCCAAAUAAAAUGUUGCCAGCUAAUGCAGCCACUGCUAACAGUAAUUGGCCACACCCACCACAACAGCAACCGCUACAGCAGCAACAACAACAACAACAGCAACCGCUACAGCAGCAACAACAACAACAACAGCCGCAUACCAACAACUUAUAUGCCGCGCAGCAACCGCAUACCAAUGUUACGCAUAAUAUCUGGCAACCGCCAGAUUUGCCGCCAGCCGAUGUUGCAAAUAAUGUGCCACAGCAGCAGCAACCACAAAAUAUACACCAAACAACUUACGACAAUUAUUUCACAUCAAAUCAAAUGACUCAGCAGCAGCCGCCGCAGCCACCGUUGUCAACUGUACGGCAGCCGACGUAUCCACAACCGCCGCAGCAGCCGCAACAGCAGCAGGUAGCUCAUGACGCAGCGAAUUUUUUUCAGUCGCAGCCACAAUAUCAACAGCAGCAGCCAGCACAAUCAGCCGCUGAUAUAUUCGAUAACAACAAUGCGACUAAAAGCGAAGGCUGGGGCGACUGGGAUUGGAAUGAUAAUGGUAAUGUGAUUGGUGGUGACGCUGAGCAGGUGCCAGCUGGCCAGCAGCAAAAGCAACCAAUGCAGUUACCGAUUCAUAAGCCCGUGCAGCAUCCACCACAACAACAACAUUCGUUCGAACAGCAAUCGACCAAUUAUACAACUACAAGUGUAAUUGAGGACAGUUUUGGUACACAAUCGUCAAACGAUAACUGGAAUUGGAAUCUAAGUGAUGAUGUAAAUGCGAAUGCCAACACUGUAGGCGUUGAAAAGCAGUCAACAACACUACAACCACCUCAAGUGCCAACUAACACUACAACAAAUAAUCGUCAAGCGUCACAAGUGCCCCGACAAGUUGCAAGCAGCAUUCAAGUGCCGCAGCAGCAAGCGGCAGAAUUUGCUGGUACAGAUGCUAGUGGCGUGAAGGCAGUAGCAGCAAAUAUUUUGGUCAAACCUACUUCGCUCCCACUCACCGAGGCGACCAAUGAAAACUAUAACACCAGCGCGCUACCAAUGGCCCCCAACCUUAUCGCUUCCGCACCCUCAUCGACCGUCAGCAGUGUGAGCGUCACAACUAACAGCAACAUUCCGAAUUCCGUUUACGUGUCACAAGCUAAACCGGUUUCACGUCCUUCACGGCAGUACGCUUCACCACCUGGAGUUGCCAGUCCUACAACUGAGCCAUUGGAAAAUGCCUUGGCACCACCUCAGGCAUUCCAAAAUGAAAUUUCAGCAACACAGCUGGAAUCUAAUCUGCCGUCUGUGGCACCUGUUACUAACAGCGCGCCAAAUCUGCCGCUGCAAAACCUGCCACCACCCGCUAUGACUCCCCCGAGCAGUUUGCCACCACCACCUGGCGCUGGCGCCGCUGCAGCCAGCAACCCUUUCAAGCGUGCUGGCGCUGCACAGCAUCAUCGCGCUGGUCUGCUGGCUACAAGCAGUGCUGCGCAACCUCCAGUUGUGCCACAACUGUCUUCGGCUGUUGCUACGGCCUUUGCGGUGCCACCACCACCCGCUGAUUUUGCCAAUCCGCUACUCAAUCACUUGGAGCCCGACAAUUCUGAAAUUUUACAUGAAAAUCAGGAAGUCUUAGGUGCGGCAGUGUCAUCGCCGCCAACAGCGAUCACACUACUUGGCACAACAGCAGCUGCAACCGUUACACAAGCAUCUUUACCGCCACCACCGCCGCCCAACGAUGAGCGCAAUCAAUAUUUGCAGACUAGUCCGCUGUCGGAGAACCCCGAUGAAGAGCUCAAUUUGGAAGCAGACAGCUUGCCACCACCGGGGCUCUCGCGCCUCGUGCUGGGGCAGCCAGAGCUGUUGGAAGCAUCGCAGCGCAUGGUUACUGGUACCGAAGAGCCGGCAAAUAUGCAUAUGGAUGAACGUCAUGCCGAUGGCGAGGACACAUCGCUGGAGCAAGCGCAACCAACAACGCUGCUGAAUGCCUCCCAGCGCGUUAACAUAGGGAAUGGCGGCAAUUUGGGAGCUCCUGCCGCUGCCUCCGUGAACAACAGCAACACUAUCGAUAUUACCACAGACCGUAAUUUGUAUUUGGUGCCCGGCGAAAGCAAUGUUAACAACGAGCAACGUGUUGUUACGGGCGUGGAAAGGUCACCUGAGGGCAAUGCACCAGCGCCACCAUCUCAAAUCGCCAGCGGACAGCGCGAAAUCGAACUUGACGGCGAAAAUUUGGAAGACCAACAGCAAGAGCAACAACAACUGCUGCUACAGCAGCAGCAGCAGCAUCAGCAUCAGCAUCAGCAGCAUCAGCAUCAGCAUCAGCAGCAUCAGCUGCCCCCUCCCCUUCUCACUGUGAACAGCCGUGACGAGCCACCUUUGGAGGGCGCUGCUGCCACCGCUGAGCCACUUGCUCCAUCAGCUACUGACGAUCAUGAUGUGCAUCAACAUCACGCUCAGCAUCACCACCAUCACCAGUCGUCGAAAUCGAAGGAUCUCUCCAAUGCUUCCACUGGCAACGAUGAGAGCGAUCCGGUGGCCGAGCAUCACCAUCACGCCACGCGCUACUUAGGCAACAACAAGUCACGCAAGCACUCGAUCGGCGAAUUGGAUCGCAAGGUUCUGGAUCGUCAUCAACAACAGCGGCGCGACAAGCAUCGCAGUUCUGUCGAUCGUUAUGAAAGCGAUGAUCUCGAGCUCGAUGAGUCUGAACCCUAUUCAAGUGAUCGUGAACGCGAGCGCGAACGAGAGCGUGAGCGUCGACGCGGUUAUCGUGAAGGUAGCGUGCGCAGCGAUCGUGAACGCGAGGAGCGUGAGUAUGCGAAGGAUAAGCGGCGCCGCGCUGGCGAACGUGGCGAAAAGCGCGACGAGCGUGGCGCUGGCGAACGUGAAAAAUUGCGCGAAAAGUAUUAUGGCCGCGAAAGUGGUAAAUCAGAUACAGUGCGUCGCAGCGUGCGUCACAGUCGGCAGUAUGAAGAAGAUGCCGACGAUGUGUCCAGUCGGCGCAAAGAGCUGGCGCGUCGCAGCGGCGCGCGUCAUCACAAUGAAGAGCGCGCAGGCCGUAGUGAUCGUAGUGAACGCGACUAUGAUGACUAUAAUCGCCGCCAACGUGGCUCAAACAAACGCGUUGGAGAGAAGGGUAUCGACGAUGGACGCGAUGCACGCCGCAGCAACUAUGUAGAUGAGGAACGCCGUGAGCAGAGACGCGCACGACGCGAACGUGGUGGUGAUAAUGACACAAUCGAGCGCCGGCAUCGCGCUGGUGGUGGUGAAAAGCCAACGCGUGCUGAACGUGGUGAGCGCGGCGAUGCACGCGAAUAUGAAGAGUACCGCAAACAGAGUUCGCGUAAUGCACGCGAAAGUGAUUUGGAAAAAGAGCGUGGCGUACGCUACGAUCCACGACAUGCCGCGAUGUACGGUUAUCCCCAGGGAGCGUUUGGUUAUGAUCCUUACACCUCCUAUUAUUAUGAGCAAAUGGCGCGCACCAAUCCGCAGGCAUACUCGGAGUGGUACAAGAAGUAUUAUGGCCACGCUAUGGCUGCAAACACUACUGCGUCAGGGUUAGGCGCGCAUGCUGCGGCUGGUGGUGAUCACGCCAGCUUAAAUAGUAGCUCAUUGGCGGCGGCUACGGCCGACGGACGCGAGUCAGUACAUUCGGGACGCAGUUCGGUUCAAAAUGAUAAGGAUCGAUCGGGUCAUGUGUCAUUGCGCGAUGUUGAUGCCAUCGCCGAACCCGAUCCACAACGUUUGACACCACGUAAAUUCGUCAACGAACAUGCAAUUGCUACGCUGUCGGCUGGCAUACUCGUCACCGUUAAGCCGAAGUACACCUCGCAUGGCGCCAUCAGCAAUAUUGUGAAAUUGCAACGCUUGGGCGCCAACGAUGCGACACGUCAACUCUUCCAGGCCUAUCCUGGUCCGUUGGUACGUGGCCUUACACACAAGAAAACAAUUAUUGAAUUCUGCGAGGAGCAGAUACGUUUGGGUCCAAUGGAGACCACAAUCUAUGCCAAGCAGCUGUUGUGCAAUAAUAUCGAGAAAUAUCGUGGCUCAUACACGCUGAUGUGGAAUUUGCUAAUUUUGUUGCUGCGUCAAAAUGGCAUGGUGGUUGGCACAGAUAUAGCAGAGCUGCUUUUGAAAAAUCAACAACAAUUCCCAUAUCAAGCAGAAAACACUGACGAUAAUUCGUCUGCGCUUAGUGGCGAUGAGGAGGAAUCGGGAGAGGCUGCCGCACUAGAAACUGAGUCGCCCACUGCACACGAAAACACAGAACAUGCUUCAGCAGCUCAUGUAGAUGGCGCACCAAAAUCCACUACUACACCCACGACUCCACCAGCUCUGAGCGAAGCUGAGAUAACCGAAAAGUUCCGCAACUAUUUGCUCUAUGGCAAUGUAAAUGAGGCGCUCGAUUGGGCCACUGAUAACAAUCUCUGGGGUCAUGCGCUCUUCCUCGCCUCCAAGGUGGAUCGUCGUUCGCAUGCCAAUGUCAUGAUGAAGUUCGCCAAUAAGUUGGAGUUGAACGACCCAUUGCAAACACUGUAUCAGUUGAUGAGCGGCCGCCAGCCGUCGAGUGUGACCAGCGUGCAGGAUGAGAAGUGGGGCGAUUGGCGUCCACACCUUUCGAUGAUACUGUCGAACACGUCACAAAAGCCAGAAUUGGAUCGUAAAUCGAUAACAACGCUCGGCGAUUCGUUGCUAAAUCGUGGUGACCUAUUUGCCGCUCACUUUUGCUAUCUAAUGGCACAGGUGGGAUUCGGACGCUAUCAGGAGAGCGCCACACAGGAGAGCACGCUGCAGCAGCAUUUGCCAAAACUCGUUUUACUUGGCUCGUCUCAUUAUAAAACUUUCAACGAUUUCGCAACCAGUGAAGCGAUUAUAAUGACCGAAAUUUAUGAGUAUGCUUGCUCGCUGAAUGAUGAUAAAUUCUCGGUAGUCGAGUUUCAACCUUAUAAAUAUUUGCUGGCCACACGUUUGUUGGAUUACGGCUACCAUUUACGUAGCUUAAUGUAUUUCGAGCAAAUAGCGCUACAUAUACAACGCGAUCCAAGCAAAUAUGAGCCAAGCUUUAUCAAUAAGAUCUACCAAUUUGCUGAUCGCCUCAAACACUAUGAUCCAGUGUUGGAGCGUUCAAUCGAUGAUCAACAACAAAAUGCCGAAGAAAAUUUAAAUAACAGUCAGUUACCGAGUUUUGAAGAGCAAGCAUGGUUGAAAGACUUGCGUGCCAUCGCAGUGCAACAUAAGAUUGAAUACCCCAGCCCUGCUGCACCUGGCUAUGGACAAAGUACUGAGACGCAGAGUCUAAUUGAUCAACAAUUUGCGGAGAUAAAUAAACAAUUUAAUGAGCUGAAUAUGCAAUAUAAUAGUAUCAGCAAUGCAGAACAACCGCCUGCUUUCUAUAAUCCAGAUACACAACAGCAACAGCCACAGCCACAACCACUUCAUGAUUUGAAAGCUGAUCCCUAUAAUCAACAGCCACAAUUAGCAGUAGCUACGGCCGAUUACAACAACCUUCAGGGGAGCGCAGAUCAGCAAGCACCUGCAACAUACACAGAUGCCGAUGCGCAAAAGUCGGUUGAUGCCAGCGAUGCCUAUGCUUACUACAAUCAGCACCAGCAGCAACCUUAUCAAGGCUAUGGCGCUGAAUCAAUGGCUGCGCAAAAUAAUGCUGGAGCCUAUGACUACUGGGCACAACAGCAACAGCAGCAGCAGCAACAGCAACAACAUGUUGGUUAUGGUGAUGAGUACUCUACAAAUGAUGAUAACGAACUAGUGUUAGCAGCAACAGACCCAGCAGAAACGCCAUCUCCAGAAGACUCCACUAAAAGUGUUGAACAAAAUUUAAAAUCAAAUGAUAUAUUAACAUUGAAUCAAGCGCCUGCCAAGGCAAGAUCAACAGCAAAGACAUACACAACCACUUUGGAGAGUGGCAGUAAGUUGCAGCAACAACAACCGUUGAAAAUAACCGCUGCAGCAGCCAAAUUAUAUAACAGUUAUGAUGGUCCGCAGACGCGUGUUGCAAAGAAGCUUAACACCAAUUACAAGAACAACAAGGAGCAACAAAAGCAACAACACUCAGCGAAACUGGCUACAUCUUUUCUAAGUUCGCCGCCAGAUGUAAGUAAACAAAGUAAUGUUUUGCUACCGCAACAGCAACUUCAGCACCAACAGCAGCAGCAGCAACAGCAAAAAAAUCAGGUCUUGCCAAAAAUGCCAAAUAAACUGCUAGAGCAACAACAAACGCUUGCACAAAAAAUAAAUGCAUUUAAUGAAAAGUCAAAUAGAAAUUUAAGCACAAAUUCGAAUUCGCAUUCGAACGGGAGCGGUAUAGUAAAGCGUGUCAAUUUCAAUCUGCCGCAGGAGGUGGAAGUGGUGGCGGAAAGGGUAGAGGGGCCCAGUAAGAAAUUGCCACCACCACCACCACCAGCUACCGGUGGCAGUGUUGCCAAUUUUAGUACUAAAGCUAGUUGUAGUAGAAAUAGUAGUAGUAGCGGGAGCUGUAGCAGUGGUAGUAGUAGGGCCGAAGUCGCAGUAGCGCACGCCAAGGCGGUCGCAGCUGCGGUGAUAACUGAAAGUGGAGACACUCAAGACGCUUCCAACAAAGGCUGUGUUGCGUCACAAUCCAACAAAGCGCUCGCCAGCUAUCAAUCAACAAACACCGACACUUCCAGCAAACCUCUUUCAAUGCCGUCGUGCAGCAGGCAUGCUUCUAAAGGCAAUAGCUUAAGUAGUGGCAGAGCCGCAUCUCAUCGCCUCCACACUGCACCGUACAAACAAAUCGUCUACAACGGCACCUAUCCCAUCGAUAUGCCCCUGCAGUCGCGUUUCCAAGCGUUGGGCCGCGACUAUGAUCCCGAAGCGAAUGCUGAAACGGCGCGUUGCAAGUAUGCGCACAUGCUGAACGACUAUGAUUUGGAUGAAUGCGAUAUACUCGGCGAUGUGGCAGAGGAAGAUGAGGACGAGGAUUUCGAUGAGGAUGAUGAUGACGAUGAUGACCUCCUGGUUGAUGAUCUAGAUGGGGAUGUAGAGGGCAUACCAUAUGAUUUGGAAGAGUUGAUUGCUCAACAAGAGCGCCCGCAGCGAAGCUUCUUCAGCCGACUGGGUAUCAUCAAAGAGGCGAGAAGCGUGUCGUUGGCUAGCAGCAGCGGCGGCACCGCCGGCCGUGGUGGUGAUACUGUUUCCACUAGCAAACAUCAUGCAGUAUGGUCUAUGCAGGAGCUUAUUGCCAAUCCAUCAAUACCGCUAAACUAUGAGAAGAUGUGCCAUGAAGUUGAGCAAAGUUUGACGUCUUUCGAAAAGUACCUGGACUCGAAAUCGAUUGAGCAACGGAAGACGCAGCAGCAGCCAGUGCGUACCUUCGAUGUGGAUGGGCCGAUUGGAGAGGCGCACGAAAAGAAACAUAUUUAAGGGGCAAAAUGAGGGCAGAGAUUUAGCGAUUUAGUCGUUGUGCAAAAAACUGUACACAUACCCCUUAGUUGGAAUUUUAUUAGAAGUGUGUAGAGAAUUUUACUUUACACUUUACUGCUUUCUUUACAAAAAAUUUUUAUUUGUAAAAAUGGCAAUUCUUAAAAGAAUGUGGUUCGGAAUACUGCAUUGGGAAGUUUCGUUGUUUUUAAUUCACAUCAUAUGUAUGUAUGUAUGUAUAGAUAUGUUAUAUGUUUACUGUGUGUAUUAGAAACUACAUAUUUUACCUGUAUUUUACCUUUGUGUAUCAGGAAUACAUACCUCCCUAUAUUUAGUUCAGACUCGAAUUCGAAAAACUCGAAAAUGUAUGUAUCUCACAGUAUAUUAUAACCCAUUUGCACCAAAAGCUUAACUGCUGCUAUUUUUUUCGUACCUUUUUGCUUUUAGUCUUUUGUUUGCUUGUACUUUUCAUAAGCAAUUACCCCCUUCGAGUUGUAAUCUCCUUUUUCCAAUAGUUACAAACUGCAGUUAAGGCUUGGUGGAAAUGAAUUGGUUAGAUAAACAAUAUAAAAAUAUCGAAUUUAUUUUUUUUUUUUAUGAGAACUCAUACGCACCAUUUAUCCGUCGCUCGAAUUGUUACUCAAAAUAUGAACUCAUCUUAAGAGUACAAAAAUGUAAAAAAACUUUUGUUGGAGGGCUCAUAAGGAUUCUGGUACAAAAAUGAACCUAAAACAAAUUAAGAAACUACUCCUUUGAUUUAAAAUAUUUAAUUUUAGACCAAAAAAAAUUUAUCAUUUCCUAAUGACGUAUUUCCACUGGGUGCUAAAUGACAAAAAUUUCAAUGAAAAAGUUAGCUUUUGAAAUAUACCAAUCGGUUUUCACAUGCCUUUGUUUAUAUGGUAAACAUUUAUUGUGAUUUUGUCAUUUUUAUGCCUAAUGGAAAUGGUAUAAGAAAUUAUUUUUCUCUGGCUACCAACAUAAAUAUUUUUUUAAAAAUCUGCCAGGUAAUUUCUUUUUUAUAUGUUGAGAUUUGAAACGAGAAUGAGUUUCCAUGAAAUUUAAGACUGAAAAUUUUAAACCUAUUCCCCAACCUAUUUCCCAAAUAUCUUCAAAAAAUUCCAAAAAACAAUUUUCAACGUAAUGAAACAGGGGAUUCUGUCAAACUCGCCUCGAAAAAAGUAGCGGGACUGCUGAAUGCGCUUUCUCCUUCGCUCUACAUCUUGGUCAUACUGGCAUAUUUAGAACAUUUUAUGUAUGUACAUUAAUUAAAAAUAUUUAUAUUUUUGGCUUUUGUAAAAUUCCAAAUUGGCCAAAUAGGGCCUUUCGCACUGAAGGUGACAAAAGUAAAAAAAAUGCCGUGUGGAAACGAAAUUAAUGACCAUUUUUUGUAAAAUUAAUGACGCAGGUAUUUUUAACGUCCAACUUUGUCAUUAAAAUUACUGUCAUUUAAUGACCGGUGGAAAUGCGGCAUUCGAAUUUUCAAAUUGAAAAACCCGAUACACUUUAAUCUGACAAGGAAAAAAAAAUUUGGUUUUUAUUGUAGUGCAAAUUUUUAACAUUUUGAAUCACACACAAAAUCUGUAGAAAAAGACUAAAUCUAAAGUUUUGAAAAUUUGUAUUUAAGAAAUUAUUUUUGUAAUUAAACAAAUUCAUAACUUCACCAACACGUUUUUGUAUUAACAAAUAAAAGCAUUUUUAGGUGAAUUUCGUUAUGGUAACAAUUUGAGCGAAUCUACCCAUAUUUUUUCCAUAGAAGUAUUUUACAAAGAUGUAUUAAAAUUAUUAUUUUUUAUUUAGUUUGUGAGAUUUUGAUGUUUUAAAUUUAUAUUGCGUUUCUGUUUGAAAUGUGCAGAUAUGUUUUGAACAUUUUAAGUAAUUAAAAAACAAAAAAAUAAAUUUGGAAUAUCUAUUAACUUUUUUAAAUUUUUUUUUAUACAUUUAUCACAUAAUUUUUUAUGAUGUUUUUUAAUAUUAUUUUAUGUUUUCGUCAAAUUGGCUACGAAAUUGCAUAAACACAUCUUGGCCCCAAUAAUUUUAAUUAUUUAUUUUUUAUACCUCUAAAAAUGUAAUGGCAUUGAGAAGACAAUGCCUCUUAAGCGUGGCGAGCCCUUUUUUGAUAUAAUAAAUAACACGAGACAAAAAAUCAACAAGUUUUCGCUAGCAGAAAGUAUUUGUUUUGUCUUUAAGGAACUUAUUUUUUCAUUAAACAUUAAUACAAAAAUUUUAAAAACUGAAAUUGUAAAGUAUUGUGCUAAUUGUAAGCAAAGCGACACACAAAAAACCAAACACAAAAAAAUGUGCUGACAUGAAUUGUUUUUCUUGUAAAUUAAAGCUGAAUAAAAAAAAUCAUGAAUUUUAA